AUGCUACUUCGCACAUGGAUGCGCUCCGCCUUAGCGUUGCGUCGAUCUCCAUCAUCGUCAAAGGCCUUCCACUCACGUACUGCUCUUCAACGAUCUUCCGUAUCUGCUGUCGCUCUUACAUCCAAAAGCACUGCUCUUCAACCCGACAAUAGCCAUGUCCUCACACUCUUAGAGCAUUCCAUCGCCCAGCGCCGCCCCACACAGGCGUUAACGCAUUUGGCGCAGCUGCAAUUACCCCCAAAACCUCAAUUACUACAGAAACUAGCGGUUCUUUUAGCUCGACAAAAGAAAAGCAGAGGAUACGCCUUACGUGCGUUUGAAAUACUGCGUGGAGUGUACCGUACACCUGGUUUAAAGCCCGACGAUUAUACGAAAUUAGCGUCGAUAUAUGUCAUGGAUGCGUGUCUACGCUUUCGUUUGCUUGACUCAGCAAUGCAGUUAUAUGAUGAAGCCGUGAAUCAAGCCGUGGUGUUGGACUUACCGGCAUACAAUGGACUAUUGACGGCCUUGUUGGAAUCCAAGAGACUGGAAGAGGCUACAGAGAUAUUGAGAGAUGUUGUGCAUGGGGAAGAUGUGUGUCCUCAUGAAGAGAUGUUCUUGCCAGUGCUAAUGGAGCUAAUCAAGAGUCGAGAGUACAGCAAUGCAACGGAAAUCAUGAAGAAGGGAAUAAGUCGUGGAGUGGAGUUUACUAGUGAGACGUUUCAUCCGUUGCUGCUGCAAGCGGAGAACGACACGGUUUCUACGGACUCGCUCGUCAAUUUUCUAACUUUUGUUGAGGACUCAUGGGCAGACUACAAGGACUAUGAUGUCGAAGAAGACGAUAUGGACGAUUCGGAAAACCCUUAUCCAUAG